AUGAAGAGUUUCACUAAAUUAUGUUCCCGUUCAUUGCACAAUGCUUCUGCUUUGUGGAAGACUCAUUCCUCGGUACGAUUCUAUCAAAUUGACCUUGGAAAAGUUGCUUCAACAUUUGCAAUUCCCUCUCUCACAUCUUUUCAAAACAAAGCCUUGGAAGUUGUUUCAUCAUCUGAAAAUGAUAAGGACAUUCUCAUCCAAGCACCACUCUAUUCCGGAAAGACUCUUUCAUACUUAAUUCCAACUUUUGAAGUUGUUACAAAGGCAAUUCGUGAGGAGAGAUGGACGGAGCGACCUGGUUUUCGUGCCUUGAUUAUUGUUCCAUCCCGUGAGGCAGCUCUCGCAGUUGGACGACAAGUGGAUCAAUACAUUAAUUCAUUGCCAGAAAGCGAACGUCCAAAUGCCUCCGUUGAAAAGCCAUCCUUUGACACCUACAAUAGAAAUGCCUCUAGAAAACAAGGUCACGAACUUAUUGAGGAAUACGAUGAUUAUAAAGCGUAUGAACACUCACAAACUCGUAGAGAAAAUGUCUAUGGACUGUCAUAUGCAAUUACAUGCGGAGGAAAAAGUUUUGAAAAGGAAAUUUCAAUGCUCGAUGCCAGUGAGCCAGAGAUUAUUAUUGCAACACCUGGAAGACUUGUAGAUCAUUUGAAGAACUCGGAUUACUUCCGUAAUGUCAAGCUUGUGAUUGUUGACGAUUGUUCCAUGUUUAAGGGUCCAAUGGCUUCCAUGAUGGACCAAAUCUUUACUCCAGAAAAUAUUUCUCCAAAUGCUAAGAGAAUUUUCAUCAAUGAUACUGAGGGUACCUUUUCUAAAUUUUUGAGAAAUUCUGAAAAUGUUGAAGUACUCACUAGUGAAGAAACCAUCACCAAGCAAAACGUGAAACAAUCAGUCAUCAAGACACAAAAUACUGCUGAGCAAUUGAAGGUCUUGUAUCAAAUUUUAUCAGAAAAUAAGCACAAGAAGGUUGCAGUCUUUAGUGACUCUGCAAAAGUCAUUCACGCUCACUAUUUAAUGGCUGAAAAUAAUCUAUUUUCUUCUCUCAUCAGCAGCCGUAUUUCCCCUACAAGAGCGAUGACCUCUUUCAGCUAUUUCAACGAGCAAGAAAAUGGCAUUGCUUUCUGUAGCAAUAUUGCAUCUCCAAUGAAUCCAAAUGUAGAUUUGGUCAUUCACUUGGACGCUCCAGCUACACAGCAAGUUUAUGAAGCAAGAAUUUCACGUGCUUUUGGAAAGAGCAAUUCACAAUCUAUUGUGCUCGUUUCGUCCUCCUCAGAAAACGUUCCAGAGUAUUUGAGCAAUGUUUCUUCAUCUCCAGUACCUUCUGGUAGUGCCAAUGAAUUCGUGAUCAAGCCACUCAGAGUUGCUCAAGUACAGCAAGAAAAUGGUUAUCAUUUACUCUUGAACUGUGUGACGAAAUAUGCCGAGUCAGGACUUGAAAAGAAGGCUGCUGUUGAAAAAGCCAUUUCCACACUCAAGGACAUGGGCUUCUCAGAGGGCUUACCAAAAAUUUCUAAACGCACAGCGAUCAAAAUUGGUUUUGAAAAGGAAUUGCUUGAGGCUGAUUUAUUGUUACCUUAA